UGAGAUCAGCUAACACGCACCGUUCAAAAUGGGCGACAAACUACACAAUAUUGUGCGAGCACUGUGGAUAUACCUGGUUUGCUGGCAUCAGGUACUUUCUUUUGACGUCACAAAAUCUGGACAGACAUAUGUUCAAGCAGGAUCACAAACUACUUUGACAUGUCAGUGGACACCACCAGCUGGGCUUGUACUUCUUAGAGUAAAGUGGAGACAAGGCUCUACAGUAAUAGUAACUGCCAUAAUACCUAGCUAUACACCACUGUAUCAUGACACCAGUAUAAAAGACCGCGUGGCACUGGGCACUCUCACCUCCACAAGUACCAGUACAUCAAUAACAUUAACAGGAUUACAGUGUCCAGGUGAUAUUGCAGAGUAUUCAUGUGAGGUGCUUACAACUUCAAUAGUAGACGAUAUUGGAACAGCAAGUUUCAACGUCAGUCUCUUUGAUUUCCUGGGAUAUAAUAUCACAAUCACAUCCUCACCAAGUCAGAUACAAGCAGAUCAGAAUGCCUUUCUGACUUGUACAGCCAGUAAUAUUGGGCGACCACCAGGCGUCAUGAAGUGGUACAAAGCCGACCAAGAAAUCACCACUGGAUUUACUCAGCAGACAAAUAUCAAUAGUGAUGGUUGUACCUAUAAUGGAGUUAGUAUUCUGAGUAUUACACCAACAUCCCUGGAUGAUGGAGUUAUGUUUAACUGUGCUGUUGAACCAAACUCUACAGUGAUUGGAGACUCCUCAAAGCAAGGAAGGUAUACACUGGAUGUACGAUACCCAGUGCCAGAGGUGCCAACGGUGACAUCAUCCACUGGUACAUGGACAGUUGACCAGGGGGCAACUUUUACUCUCAACUUUUGA